AUGAAUUUGCAUCAAGUGCUGACGGGGGCGGCCAAUGAGGGCGAAAAAUGUUUUAGUGUUGGUAGCAUCGAUGGCAAUCACUUCACUGCCUAUGCCGCAGGAUGCAACAUUGUCAUCCUGGAUUCAGAUAUAAACAGAGUUCAGAUUUUAUCUGGUACUGAGUUAGGUUAUCAGUCUGAAGUAACUUGCAUUGCUUGCUGCCAUGAAUUAGGAAAGAUUGCAGCCAGUUACGAAAACAAAGUGUACAUUUUUGAACCCGCACCCGUUGUCAGGAGUGAAGGAAAACAUUCAUUAGACUACCAAUGGUCGCAGACGGGCCUCUUAAUGUUGGACGGUGAAGUGCUCGCUGUUGCUUGGAGCUACUUUGGUCAGCGACAGAUUGAUAACCUCAUCAACCAAUCUCCUUCAACUAUGGGAGGAAGCAGACGUGGCGAGCCCCGCCCUUCAAACGACCCAAACCCCCACAAUAGCAGCAGCCACAACAACAACAACAGCGGACAACAACAACCAAUCAACGAAUGGUGUUGUACCUGGUGGACGAAGUUGGCGAAUCCGGCGAUGAUGGUGAAAUUUUCAACUGACAGACUGCUGUUUGCUACUGCUGGGAAGAACGACAGAUUGGUAAAGGUUUGGUAUGAAAACUUUAAAGAUAGCAGUCAGAGAGCUCAGGAAUUCCCCGAUCAGCUGUUUCCGGAUUCUAUAAAUAACUCGGGCAUCCCGAUGACGUCAUUCUCAUUUGUUUACGUGGCCCAUCCCAGGGCCGUGACUGGUUUCUCGUGGAGGCGUACCUCCAAGUAUAUACACAGGUAG